GACAUCAAAUCCAGGUGAGAAUAUUAAGUUUCUCCCAAUAAUCACCUCGGUGCAGAAUGCUGUCAAAGAAUUGGAAUCGAAGGGAAUAAACAAAAUUAUAGCUGUUGGACAUGCUGGCUAUAAUGUCGAUACAAAAAUUGCUAAGAAAGUUGUUGGAGUAGAUGUUGUUGUGGGUGGACAUUCUAAUACUUUUCUUUAUUCUGGUGAGUUCACUAAUUCAAUGGUUACUGGACUCUGGACAAACUUGGAUUACCAUAAUGAAUUUGGUAAUUGCUUAUUCUUUUCAAUUACUGCAGGUAAGCCACCUUCAGAUGACAAACGCAAAGGACCCUACCCCUAUAUUGUCCAUCCAGAUCAUAACAUGUCCCUCAGUGUUCCAGUUGUCCAGGCAUACUAUUACACCAAGUAUUUAGGGAAGCUCCAAGUCAUGUUCAAUGAUUUGGGAGAAGUGACAGGUUGGUCUGGAAAUCCUGUCUUAUUGAACUCUGCAGUGGCGAAGGAUCAGCAUGUCUAUGGUAUUGUCAAAAAGAUGAAAAAACUGGUUGAUGAAAGAGGAAAUGUAUGUUAACUCAUAAAGUUUCAUUGUGCCCCAAUGCCCGCAACUUUGUUAUUUGACUUUGUCUGUAGACUACGACAUAAUCUGAGUGUGUAAUGUCUGGCCCUCAUUUCUGCUCACAAGUGUCUGUGAUGCAGGCUACUCUGUCUAAUGCCAGAUGAUUUUACACAUCAAGGAGAGAGUGCUGGAGCUCAAGGGGCUAACAGAAUGUAUGGGCAGAUUAACCCAUUGAGUGGUAGCUCUCUCCUCUUGACGAGCAAAUGGUCUGGCAAGUGCGUAUUUUAGGAAUUAAACCCUGCUCUAGAGGUGAAAACAGACGUGAAUGAUUUACUACUCUGUGAUUAAAACCCAAUCUUGUACCCAGGCUCUUUCCUUUUGGGGAAGACUCUGGGUACAAGUUGAUCAAAACCUUUUGUAUAAACAUCUUAAUUCUUUUUUAAUUUUUUUUUUAUUUUUCUAAUUUGUAUAAUUAUAUGAUUUGUAGGAGAAGAUUGGCCAAGUAAAAGUACAGCUUACUGCAAUGAACUGUGAUACUGAACCGUGUUUUCUUGGUGAACUAAUCACAUCUGCUAUGGUGUAUCAUUUUCGAUCUUAUAAUGCCAGUAUAUCACUUUUCCAUGGUAGUAAUCUUAGAACUUUGCCAACUGAUGGACAAGGUAUUAGAAAUUUCACACUUUCUUCCUGUAGUAACACCUGGAUUUUGACUGAUCAUCACUACACCUCUGGGAAGAACAGUUUAAAAUUGCGAGAGCCAUCCAAAGCAUUCAGCAUUAUUAUUAUUAUUAUUAUUAUUAUUAUUAUUAUUGAAUUCGUCACAAAUGUUUAAACUGACACUCGCAUACAUAACAUGUUACAAGAAAAUGUACGUACAUGACUGGGAUGAGGAACUGGUCUAGAAGUACUUGAGUAUUUUUAUAUCAGUGUGA